AUGUUGCAAAAUCUGACAGAAGAAAUCCUCAAGCGUCCUGAGACGAAUGCUUUCCUUAACGACAGUUCUCUUAAUUUCGACGUAGUAUUAGCAGAAUUUGUACCUCCCGCUUUUUUCUACUUAAGUGAAAAGUUCAAAUGUCCCCUGAUACAGAUGACCUCCAUGCCUGCUCAUAUUAUAACGUUAAACAACAUCGGUAAUCCGAAUCACCUUUUGGAAACUGUAGAUGGAAAUCUGCCGUUCGGAAGAAAGUUGAAUGUCUUUGAAAAAGUCGUAAACGCUGUUUAUACAUUCUUAUUUAAUGCUCAAGUGCAGGGAAUAUUGUAUCCGCUACAAGCGGAAUUAGUGAAGAAAUAUUUGUCUCACGGAGAAGACGUGGAUCUCGCGGCACUAGAGAAAGACAAGACGAGUCUCGUUAUUUCUAAUGUAGUCCCAGGAAUAACGGAAGUCCAUGCAAAGGUACCAGCGUUAAUUGAAGUUAAUGGGUUACAUUUAACGCCUCCGAAACCUUUGCCUGAAGAUGAAGUUCCUAGCAAUGGAUUAAUUUUAUGGAAGGGAAUAACAACGAUGUUGCAAAAUCUGACAGAAGAAAUCCUCAAGCGUCCUGAGACGAAUGCUUUCCUUAACGACAGUUCUCUUAAUUUCGACGUAGUAUUAGCAGAAUUUGUACCUCCCGCUUUUUUCUACUUAAGUGAAAAGUUCAAAUGUCCCCUGAUACAGAUGACCUCCAUGCCUGCUCAUAUUAUAACGUUAAACAACAUCGGUAAUCCGAAUCACCUUUUGGAAACUGUAGAUGGAAAUCUGCCGUUCGGAAGAAAGUUGAAUGUCUUUGAAAAAGUCGUAAACGCUGUUUAUACAUUCUUAUUUAAUGCUCAAGUGCAGGGAAUAUUGUAUCCGCUACAAGCGGAAUUAGUGAAGAAAUAUUUGUCUCACGGAGAAGACGUGGAUCUCGCGGCACUAGAGAAAGACAAGACGAGUCUCGUUAUUUCUAAUGUAGUCCCAGGAAUAACGGAAGUCCAUGCAAAGGUACCAGCGUUAAUUGAAGUUAAUGGGUUACAUUUAACGCCUCCGAAACCUUUGCCUGAA